AUGGCAAAGAGUCUCGCUAAAUCGACGCUCAAGUGUUAUGCGUCUGCUUGGUCCAUGUUCACUACGUUUUGCAGCGCCUAUCUCCUCUGCCCCCUCCCGGCGCAGGUCUCCACUAUUUGCGCCUUUAUAGUCUUUUGCUUCGACACUCGCCAUCUCCAACCCGCCUAUAUCCACAAAUUAAUAGCCGGUGUCCAAUUCUACGCUAGGAUUAACAAACCUGACACUCUGAGUUUUUUCUCUAACCCGUCCAUCAAGCUUUUACUGAAGGGUAUAGCUAAAUCCUGUCCCACCUCCCCCGACUCUCGUCUCCCCAUCACCCUUCCUAUUCUUCACCAGUUGGUAUCUACAGUGAGGCGCGGCUAUAUUUCACCUUAUCUGGAUAAAUUAUUGGAGACAGUCUUCCUCACUGCUUUCUAUGGUUUCAUGCGCUGUGGCGAAUUCACUUCACCCUCUCCACUGUUUAACCCUUCCGUCGACCUCACUCUAUCUGAUCUGACUUUCUCCCCCUCUCAUUUCUCUAUAUUUCUGAAACACUCAAAAUCCGACUCUCUCCGUCACGGCACGUCCGUCUCUAUUUCCAAGCUGCACGGGGUUUUCUGUCCAUUUUCCUCGAUGGUGGAGUUUAUCAAACUUCGCCACGACAGGUCCCCUUCUUCCCCCCUAUUCCUCCUGCCCGACGGCUCGCCAAUGUACCGUCAAUGGUUCUGCAGCCACCUGGCUGCCGUCCUGCGACGGUGCAAUCUCCCACCAACGAAAUACACGGCCCACUCAUUUAGGAUCGGCGCGGCUACUACUGCCGCACACAGGGGCAUCUCUACGUCUGCGAUCAAACUCCUGGGAAGAUGGUCAUCGGAGGCCUACGCUUCCUACAUCCGCCCAUCCUGUCACCAAGUCCUGGAUGCCCAGCGCGCCAUCGCCUCCACGUCAGGUACGGCGACCCGUCAGGUAGCGCACUACCGUUGCCACGUUAUUCCCCGGGGCAGUUAA